AUGGCCGCCGUGAGCGAAUCUUCGGUAGCAUACCCGAUACCGAACGAUGAGAGUACUCCUACCGUCUCCACUGCUCCUCGACCACGCCACGUCGGGCCCAACAUUUUCCCAAACUUCCCAGUCUUUACACGUCUCAUUGGAUACGCAGCACAGGGCGAAGCUGUUGCCAUUGACGAUCGUACCUACAACAUCAAGGCGUCGUAUUCACAGCUGUUGACCGACGUCCUCCAUGUGCGGAACGUUCUUUAUGGGACAUUGAGCGCAGACGUCCUCAACCGGCUCUGGGCCAACGAAGAAGUGUACUUCAAUCUGCUCGCCCCGGCCAGCUAUGAGUAUGCAGUGGCAUUCUUGGCCAUCCUGGCGAUCGGUGGAAUCAUCGUCCCGCUGUCCCCGGCUCUGCCUGAGCAGGAAGCCUUGUACUAUGUCAAGACGUCCCGCGCCGUUGUGAUGUUGUCGAGCACGAAAAACGCCCGUUCGGGCCGGAACAUUGCAAGGGCGGUCUCGUCGACCUUCAAUCCGGGAUAUCAGUCGAUCGACAUUGCUCCGCUCAUCGGCCGGCCGCCCCUCCGUGCGGCGGACAUGUUGGUUUCCUGCGACCAUUUCCUCGACUACCACGGCGCUGGACUGGUCAUUUUCACGUCCGGGACGACAGGGCCUCCCAAAGGCGCGCUUCGACGACGGAGCUUCAUAGACGGCCAGGCCACUCGGAUCGCGGAUCUGUACGCCUUGAACCGCGGAGACCGCGUCAUGCAUAUUCUUCCGGUCCACCACGCAACGGGCAUCGGCACAACCUUCUUACCUUUCUUGUUGUCGGGUGCAUGUGUCGAGUUUCACUCCAGCGGAUUCGAUCCGGUCAAGGUGUGGGAGCACUGGCGAGCAAAGCGUCUGACGUACUUCUCGGGAGUGCCGACCAUGUAUAUGAGAAUGAUGGCCCACUACGAGACCGUGCUCAAGAAUCUUCCUCCACACGUCGCCGAGUCGUACAUUGCGGGAGCUCGACAUUUCCGCCAGCUCCUGUGCGGUACAUCGGCACUGCCCCGACCACUGGCCGAUAAAUGGAAGGCUUUGAUGGGCGGACGGCGGAUCCUCGAACGAUAUGGGACCACCGAGUUUAGUGGUGCGUUCACCAUCCCGCCCGGUGACAAAGAAUGUCCAGAUGGGUCUGUUGGCAAGGUCAUGGUCGGCACGGACGUCAAGCUUUCAGAGGGAGACCAGGGAGAAAUCUUGGUCAAGAGCCCGUUCAUGUUCACCAAGUACAUCUUCGACCAAGCGGCGACCGAGGCCGCAUUUGACAGCGAAGGGUACUAUCGCUCCGGCGACAUCGCCCGCAGAGGGGGCGAUUACUACUUCAUCAUGGGUCGUGCGUCGGUCGACAUCUUGAAGUCUGGCGGGUACAAGAUCUCGGCCCUCGACGUCGAGCGGGAAAUCCUGGGGCUGGACUAUGUGUCGGAGGUGAUGGUCGUCGGCGUGGAAGAUGAAGAGUUUGGGCAAAGAGUGGCGGCGGCCAUCGUGCUGAAGCCCGACACAAUCGGCUCAUUGAGUCUGGAUCGGUUGCGACACGAGCUGCGGUCGAAACUGGCUUCGUACAAGAACCCUACGAUGCUGAGAGUGGUGCCCGAGCUGCGAAAGACCGUCACGGGGAAAGUGGUCAAGAAGGCUUUGAAGACGGAGCUGUUCCCGCCGAAUGGCCAUCCGGACGUUCAGAUCUGGAGGACGCAGACAAGACCUAGACUCUGA